AUGAAUUCCUGCACCAUCGUGAUGAGGUUCCUGCUGUUUGGGCCUUUUGUCUUUGCCCCAGCCUGGAGCUACAACCUGGAUGUGCGACAUGUACAAAACUUCUCCUUCCCACUUGCCGGGAGGCAUUUUGGGUACCGUGUUCUGCAAGUGGGAAACAGGGUUGUUGUGGGAGCUCCAAAUGAAGGGAACCGGAUGGGAAACCUGUAUCAGUGCCAGCCAGAAACUGGAGACUGCCUGCCAGUCACACUGAGUUCCAGCUAUACCUCCAAGUACUUGGGAAUGACCUUGGCAACAGACCCCACAAGUGGCAACCUUUUGGCCUGUGAUCCUGGGCUGUCUCGAACAUGUGACCAGAACAUCUAUCUAAGUGGUCUCUGUUACCUCAUCCACGAGAAUCUGAGGGGUCCCGUGCUACAAGGGCACCCUGGUUAUCAGGAAUGUAUAAAGGGCAACGUAGACUUGGUAUUUCUGUUUGAUGGCUCAAUGAGCUUGCAGCAAGAUGAAUUUGAGAAAAUUGUGGACUUCAUGAAGGAUGUGAUGAAGAAACUCAGCAACUCUUCCUACCAGUUUGCGGCUGUUCAGUUUUCUACAGAUUUCAAAACAGAAUUUACUUUCUUGGAUUACAAUAGACAGAAGGACCCUGACGCUCUGUUGGCUGGAGUCAAACACAUGCGUUUGUUGACCAACACCUUUGGUGCCAUCAACUAUGUUGCGAAAGAAGUGUUCCGGCAAGAGCUGGGAGCCCGCCCAGAUGCCACCAAAGUGCUUAUCAUCAUCACUGAUGGGGAAGCCACCGAUGAACAGAACAUUGAUGCAGCCAAAGACAUCAUCCGCUACAUCAUUGGGAUUGGAAAGAAUUUUAAGACCAAAGAAAGUCAGGAGGCGCUCCAUCAGUUUGCCUCCAAACCCGUGGAGGAGUUUGUAAAGAUCCUGGACACAUUUGAGAAGCUGAAAGAUCUAUUCACCGAGCUGCAAAAAAAGAUCUAUGUCAUUGAGGGCACAAGCAAACAGGACCUGACAUCCUUCAACAUGGAGCUGUCCUCCAGCGGGAUCAGCGCGGACCUCAGCGAGGGCCAUGGCGUUGUGGGGGCCGUUGGAGCCAAGGACUGGGCUGGGGGCUUUCUCGACCUGAAGGCAGACCUGCAGAGCAGCACAUUUGUUGGGAAUGAACAACUGACAGUAGAAUCGAGGGCAGGAUAUUUGGGUUACACGGUGACCUGGCUGCCCUCGCGAGGGACCAUGUCAUUGCUGGCCACUGGAGCCCCCAGAUACCAGCAUGUCGGGCGGGUGCUGCUGUUCCAACAGCCAAAGAGAGGAGGACCCUGGAGCCAGAUCCAGAAAAUAGACGGGAUCCAGGUUGGCUCUUAUUUUGGUGGCGAGUUGUGUGGCGUUGACGUGGACAGAGAUGGGGAGACAGAGCUGUUGCUGAUUGCAGCCCCCCUGUACUAUGGGGAGCAGAGAGGAGGCCGGGUGUUUAUCUACCAGAAAAUACAGCUGGGGUUCCAAAUGGUCUCAGAGCUGCAGGGGGAGACCGGCUACCCCCUUGGACGAUUUGGAGCCGCCAUCGCUGCCCUGACAGACGUCAAUGGGGAUGAGCUGACAGACGUGGCUGUGGGAGCCCCUCUGGAGGAGCAGGGGGCUGUGUACAUCUUCAAUGGGCAGCAAGGUGGGCUGAGCCCCCGGCCCAGUCAGCGGAUAGAAGGGACCCAGAUGUUCUCAGGAAUUCAAUGGUUUGGACGCUCCAUCCAUGGGGUGAAGGACCUCGGCGGGGAUGGCCUGGCAGAUGUGGCUGUGGGGGCUGAGGGCCAGGUGAUUGUGCUCAGCUCCCGGCCUGUGGUAGACAUCAUCACAAGCGUGUCCUUCUCCCCGGCCGAGAUCCCAGUACGUGAAGUCGAGUGCUCCUAUUCCACCAGCAACCAGAAGAAGGAAGGCGUUAACAUCACAGUCUGUUUUCAGGUCAAGUCUCUCAUCUCCACCUUCCAAGGGCACCUGGUUGCCAACCUCACUUACACUCUGCAGCUGGACGGCCAUCGGACCCGAAGCCGAGGGUUGUUCCCAGGAGGGAAACACGAACUCAACGGGAACACAGCUGUCACCUCUGUCAAGUCCUGCUUUAUGUUCUGGUUCCACUUCCCGAUAUGCAUUCAAGAUCUCAUCUCUCCCAUCAACGUCUCCCUAAGUUACUCUCUCUGGGAGGAAGAAGGGACACCGAGGGACCCAAGGGCGCAGGGCAGGGACAUCCCGCCCAUCCUGAAACCCUCACCACACUUGGAGACCAAGGAGAUUCCUUUUGAGAAGAACUGCGGAGAGGACAAGACUUGUGAGGCAGACCUGAAGCUGGCCUUCUCCGACAUGAGAUCCAAAAUCCUGCAUCUGACCCCCUCCGCCAGCCUCUCUGUGAGGCUGACACUGAGGAACACAGCAGAAGAUGCUUAUUGGGUCCAGGUCACCCUGAGCUUCCCCCAGGGACUCUCAUUCCGCAAAGUGGAGGCGCUCAAGCCCCACAGCCAUGUACCUGUGGGCUGCGAGGAGCUUCCUGAGGAGGCCAUACUGCAGAGCAGGGCCCUCUCCUGCAACGUGAGCUCUCCCAUCUUCGGAGCAGACAGCAUGGUUGAUAUCCAGGUGAUGUUUAAUACGCUGCAGAAAGGCUCCUGGGGGGAUUUGAUCAAGCUGCACGCCAAUGUGAGCUGCGACAAUGAGAACUCAAGCCUCCUGGAGGACAACUCGGCCACCGCCAGCAUCCCUGUCAUGUACCCCAUCAACAUCCUCACCAAGGACCAGGAAAACUCCACGCUGUAUAUCAGUUUCACCCCCAAGAGUCCCAAGAUCCACCAUGUCAAGCACAUCUACCAGGUGAGGAUCCAGCCUUCUAACUAUGACAACGUGCCCCCACUGGAGGCCUUGGUUAGGGUACCACGGGUGCACAGCGAGGGGCUCAUCACCCACAGGUGGAGCAUACAGAUGGAGCCUCCAGUCAACUGCAGCCCCAGAAAUCUGGAGAGUCCAUCUGAUGUGGCUGAGCCUUGCUCGUUUGGAACUGAGUUCCGCUGCCCAAUCGACUUCAGGCAGGAGAUCCUUGUCCAAGUGAACGGGACGGUGGAGUUGAGGGGGACGAUCAAGGCCUCCUCCAUGUUGAGCCUUUGUAGCUCCCUCUCCAUCUCCUUCAACAGCAGCAAGCACUUUCACCUCUAUGGCAGCAACGCCUCCAUGGCCCAGGUCGUCAUGAAGGUUGACCUUGUAUAUGAGAAAGAGAUGCUCUAUCUCUACGUGCUGAGUGGAAUCGGGGGGCUGUUAUUGCUGCUUCUGAUUUUCAUAGCUCUGUACAAGGUUGGUUUCUUCAAACGGAACCUGAAGGAGAAGAUGGAGGCGAAUGUAGAUGCUUCCGGUGAAAUCCCUGGAGAAGAUGCUGGGCAGCCGGAGUUAGAGAAAGAGUUCAAGGACCCAGGCUGCCUGGAGCCCCUCCAGAAGAAGGAUGAGGAUGGAAGUGGUGGAGAUUGA